CUAACUGGAAAUCCUGUAGUUCCUGUAAUUCCUGCAGUUCCUGUUCCUGUAGUUCUCGGGUUUCCAAACAUUACGCAAACGGGUAAGCCACAAAAACGAAAGGACAGAAUAAAUCGAGGAAUAAAUGACAGAGUAGUCGAGUAGAUAAUCGAUACUCCGUGACUGAAUCAUUGUAUAAGAACUAGCUAAGCUACACUUAUAGACAAACUCUUCGACGUUUUUGAAGCAAAGACUUGGCUUGCGAUGGUAGACUGCCCAGCAGAAGCGCCAGAAAGGUCGCAACCGCUCGUUAAUCUUGGAAGGCUCACGUUAUUGGUGGUUUACUUGUUGCAAGUUUGUCUUUUCGUUUCGUUUCUGGUGAAACAUUUGGACCACUAUGCAUAUAUAAUGUGGUUUCUUUGGUUUGUACCAGCAUUUGUUGCGUUCUGUUACUUACUUAAAGGCGCGCAAUCAUACGCUGACAACGACAAGGCUAUUCGAGGCGUUUGGAUUACCUGGGGAGCAUACAUCGUUGCAUAUGUUAUUACAGUUGCCGUAAUUUUUGCUACAUUCGCACACGACCUUAAUACUAAAAGUGACAAUCUUGGUAUCAACGCGCUGGUAGGCACUCUGUGUAUGACUCCAGUAUUGCUCAUCCUCUUGCUACAACUCACGAUUUCUCCAUCCUAUCAGAAGCCCGUCUUACUGUCCUCCCUAUUCGUCGCGUUGAAUAUCUUCGAUGGCAUCAAAAUGUUGGAAAUAUUUCUGGCGCAAAACGAAGCGGAUUUCGAUUUGAACACGGCAACCAAAGUAUUCAUUGUCAUCUUUGCCUGCAUUUGUUUCGUUCUCUCGCCUUUUCGAUUGGUUCGAACUAAGUUCAUGGCUUAUGGCGUCGUGAAACCUAGAAAGAAAACAUCCUUGAGUCUCAUCAUACUGGAAAUUAUCGGCAUUAACCUACCGUUUUUGGUUUUACGUUGCGUUAUUUGGCGUAGGUACGAAGCUGCUAUCUUUAUGACAAAGAAUAUUGUUGCUUUAGUCAUUGGCGUAAUCGAGUUCUUGGUCCUUCAAGGGAUUUUGAAAUGGGGCGGAAAUACAACAGGUGAACAUACGGAACCUACUUGAAAAUGAAGAUUGUAGUAUAGUACGCACGUAAAAAUCUCAUAAACUUGUCAACAAGAUGUGUUCGCAACAGGCUUGUAGUAAGCUUUUCAAUAAGUUGUAACAAUGCUGUUAUUUUAUCAAGUUGCUACAAGGUUGUCACUCACAAUUUGUUGACAUAUUGUUGAGUUGCAGAACAGAAGUUGUUGGAACAACUUGUAGCACAAUUUGUCAGCAAGGCGUUGACAACUUGUCAACAAGCUAGGAACAAGCAGUGCGAACACAUCCUGUUGACAAGUUGUUGGAAGUCUGCCGGAGGUUUGUUACAACUUGUGCGUUUUUACGUGUGUAUGUACUAUCCUGAUUAGCAAUGUAGCUCAAUAAUUUAACAGUGAAUGUUUAAAAACAAUAUUGAAUAUAAAGAUACCGAGUGUCUGUGACGUGACUUUCCCAAAAUACUUAUGAAGUUGAGUGCUUAGUCUGAGGCGAAGACAAAGUCGGACUACUAAGGCCAGCAUUCCUUGCGGGCAUCAAGCUUUGUGACAUCAUUAUGCAUAAGGUCUAUUAUAUAGUUAUUAUCAUAACAACAAAAAGAUCAACAUCAAUUUAUUAUAAUCAUCAUUAAGUGCAGUAGAAUUAUCUACAUGUGUGAAUAACUCUUAUACAUAACUCUAAUGCUUAGUUACUUUCAGUGGUGGUACCAAGGAGGGACUGAGGAGGCUACAGCCCCCCUGUUGGGGAGCUCCCCCC